AUGGUUGAAUUAAAAGGACCUGGUUACACAAGUCAUUCGUAUAAUGAUAUAUUAAUUAUUAUUCCAGCAAUUAUUAUAGUUACUCUUAUUGGAUUUGUUGUUUAUCGUUUAGUAAACAAUCUAAUGUCGAAAAAACGUCAAAAAGAAGAAAAAGCUCGAUUAAAACAACAAAAAAAACUUGAUAAACAAACGUCACUUGCAAAAAAAAAACUAAAAUAA